UGCCCUGCCGUAUGAAAGCAUAGGGCACUAGCGGGAUGGGGGUCCUGCCUCAGGGAUUUACUGGCUGUGCCUCCUGGCUCUUCGGCGUCCUGACACUGUUACCUGAUUCCUGUAUGUUGUCAUCUUGUGUACGCCUGGUCCCCACAACAGUCCGGCCUGUCCAUUCCCUGAUCUGCAAUUCUUCCCGUUCCUUCAUGGAUUUGAAGACUCUCCUUUCCUCCUUGAAUGACUUUGCAUCCCUCUCAUUUGCUGAGAGUUGGGAUAAUGUUGGAUUACUGGUGGAACCAAGCCCACCACAUAUUGUAAACACACUCUUCCUGACCAAUGACUUGACAGAGGAAGUGAUGGAGGAGGCGCUGCAAAAGAAGGCAGAUCUUAUUCUCUCCUACCACCCACCUAUUUUCCGACCCAUGAAGCGCAUAACCUGGAAAACCUGGAAGGAGCGCGUGGUGAUCCGGGCUCUGGAGAACAGAGUUGGUAUCUACUCUCCUCACACAGCCUAUGACGCUGCCCCCCAGGGAGUUAACAACUGGUUGGCUAAAGGGCUUGGAGCUUGUACCUCCAGACCCAUACAUCCUUCCAAAGCUCCCAACUACCCCACAGAAGGAACCCACCGAGUAGAAUUCAACGUUAACCACACCCAAGACCUGGACAAAGUCAUGUCUGCAAUGAAAGGAAUUGUAGAUGUUUCUGUUGCUUCUUUUCCUGCUAGGAUUGAUGAUGAGCAACAAACACGGAUCAGUCUCAAUUGUACUCAGAAGGCUUUGAUGCAGGUGGUGGCUUUUUUGUCCCAAAACAGACAACUUUAUCAGAAGACUGAAAUUCUGUCACUAGAGAAGCCUUUGCUUCUAAAUACUGGAAUGGGACGGUUAUGCACACUGGAUGAAUCUGUCUCCCUGGCAACCAUGAUUGAGCGAAUCAAAAGACACCUAAAACUAUCUCAUAUUCGCUUGGCCCUUGGGGCAGGGAGGACCUUAGAGUCCCUAGUCAAAGUUGUGGCCCUGUGUGCUGGUUCUGGGUGCAGCGUUCUGCGGGGUGUAGAGGCUGACCUCUACCUCACAGGUGAGAUGUCCCAUCAUGAUACUCUGGAUGCUGCUUCCCAAGGAAUAAAUGUCAUCCUCUGUGAACAUAGCAACACUGAACGAGGUUUUCUUUCUGAUCUUCAGGAUAUGCUGGGUGCUCACUUGGAGAAUAAGAUUAAUAUUAUCCUGUCAGAGACAGACAGGGACCCUCUUCAUGUGAUAUAACACAUACAGGAACAUCAGGAUGACACAAUCUACAAAUUGAUUGGAUUCCAACUCAAAUGCCUAACAAGUCAGUGGAGUCGAUAUCCUUCUGGAAGAGUGUCUCAGAAUGUAGUAUCACUUCCACUUUGUUAAUCUGGUUCAUCAAAUGUUUGAUAGCUCAUAAGGUAAAAACUGUAAUGUAACACAUUAAAGAACAAUAUUCAUUAUAAACUCUAUGAAAGAUUGACUAAAAUCUGCUCAACAUUCUUGGGACGUAUCUCAAGUAAUUCCUUAGCUUAAUUGUAGAUGGGAUAUGUCAAUCUAGGUAUCUCUGCCCUUUUGUUAGUUUAAAAAUAUACUUUAAACACUUGGGUCUGAAUACUUAUUUCUAGGUAGUAGCUAUUUUGGAGUGAUAAGGUCUAUAUGUACAUGUUCCUAGAUCCACCUAAUUUCUAAUCUCUCACCUAAAUUUUGAAUCAGGAUGAGGUUGUUUUUUUUUUUUUAAAUACAUGAUCAGUAUUCAUAUUACUAUUACUCUAUUGCUUUGUAGGUGACUCACCUAUAAUUUUAUUAGUACUAUAUAAAGAUGUUUAACUCUCAAAAUAACAUUGACGAUUACUUAUACAGCAUUAGUUUUAUGCCAGGCACUCUACGAGGUGCUUUAUAAACACUAACACUUUCAGUCCUCAUGAAGCAUAUAGGUAUUAUUCCCGUUUUAUAGAUAAGGAAACUGAAGUAGAUUAGGUAGUUUGCCCAAGGCCACAUAGCUAGAAACUGAUGAAGUUAGGAUACAAAUCCAGGCAGUCACCCCCAAGCCUGUGGCUUAACCACUUCUUAAUUAAAUACAUUGACACUGAAA